ACGUGGAGGCAGGCACCAGUCUGAUGGGGUGGGAUGAUAACUGGGAGGCGCCUGCCCUCUCAUUAACCCCCCGUUUCCUCCACACCUCUUUGUUUACACCUAUAGGCUAGGCCUACAUGCCGGUCAAGUCCAGGCAGAAGAGCAGCAGCUUUGCAGACUUCACUUUGUUCUUGCUGAAACAAUAACAAUGUGUGUUUCUGUGCUCAGCUUUAUUUUGCUGUUUGGAGUUUCUCAUGCUUUUGACACCGAGGCUCCUGCCCAGCUCGGGCCUCUGUCGCUCGGGUUCAGUUCCUCCGUCCGCUCGGUGUGUAAACCCAUCCCGAGCACGCUGUCUCUGUGCCACGGGAUCGGCUACAGGCACAUGCGGAUCCCCAACUUGCUCGGCCAUGAUACACUAAGAGAGGCGCAACAGCAGUCGGCGGCCUGGCUGCCCCUCAUCACCAAGCUGUGCCACCGGGACACCAAGAAGUUCUUGUGCUCGCUGUUUGCUCCGGUGUGUUUGCCGGAGCUCAGCGGGCCGAUCAGCCCCUGCAGGAGCCUGUGCGAGGUCGUGCGGGACGGUUGCGUGCCCGUUAUGAGCGCGUUCGGGUUCCCCUGGCCGGAGAUGUUCAACUGCACCAGGUUCCCGCGCGGGAUCGAGCUCUGUAUCCCGGCAACCUUAGAGCAGGAGGGGCGAACGGCAGAGGAGGUCAGGCACGAGGAAGUACUGAAAGGGAGUGUUAUCUGUGAUGCCUGUAGCCUGGCUGCUGAAGGCGAAACUGACAUCCAGGAAAACUUCUGUCAUAAUCCAUAUGCGUUCAAGAUGCGUCUGGGCAGUGUAUCGAUGGUGGGAGGGGACCGUCAGUUGGUGCCUACGGCCCGCAGCCGCAUCCUGCGGUGGGCAGGGGGAGGUGCAGAGAGGGCAGAAGGGGUUGGAGGUGCAAUGGCCCACAGUGCUUUGUGGCUGCAAGAAGGAGGCACAUGUACUUGUCCUGGCUUAGACUCUGCAGAGACAAAUGAAGACAGGGGGUUAGAGGAGGAGCACAUGGAUAAGAGACAAGCGAAAGAAGGAGGAAAGGAAGGGAAAUGGGCCCAGAGUGGAUGGUACCUGGCCCUGGCUCAGGCCGAAGAGGGACGACUGGUGCUGACUCGACUGGUGAGGUGGACCAGAGGGGACAAAGAGCUGAAGAAGUUCAUCAGAAUGCUCCUUAAACCGUCCUGUCCAGAGCUGUAGACAGAGAGUUAUUAACCAUUGCAGUCCUGCCCAAUGGCCGCUGCUCUGUAGUCGUAUGCAGUCAGUAACUGUGUGCUGCUAAUUGCAACAUCA